UAAUAACUUCAAGUCUGGUGGCUUCAGGGCAGGUUUUUUUACCAAAUCAUAUCUUGGCGGCGUUUACGAUGCAUGUUGCAACUCUGAGAUUAGUCCUCUGCCUUUUGGUUUGCUCCGAUGUAUGGCCAGCCAGCAGCGAAAAACCCCAAAUUGAUUCAAUAGUUCAAUCGGAGUUAGCGCGCAAAGCCCGUGAAAUCAGGCAACAUCGUCGAGUCCGUCAAACGGGUCAACAAGAAACCACAUGCAGAUACAAAAUCGCCCUCCUAGAUUUUCCUCCUUACAUAAUGAACCAAACUACUCAGGGAGGAUUUAUGAAUACUACCCUAACAUGGUUUGUGGACAUGGCUUGCUUUGGCAGAGAAGCAAGCGAUCCCAUUGCUUGCAUAAUGGAGCCAGUAUUUGUUCAAACUCAAGAUGAGAUGGUGAAGUUGAUUAAAAAUAACUCGGUUGAUUUUGGAUUUCCAAUUCUAUCGGAUGCAAGGCAAAAACUUACGGGUCUAAAAAGUGUGACACUCAUCCGGGCAUUCGUAUCAUCCGGGUGUUCAAUGAUCGUGAACUUAAAGCAGUGCGAAGCAGAAUCACGGGAACAGUUAUUGACCUCCAUUACGUCACAAUGGCCAAUACUGGCUUGUAUCAUAUUGCUGUCAGGGAUAUCUGGCGUGAUUAUUUGGCUCUUGGAACACCGCUCAAACGCAGCUCACUUUUCACCCUCGUUCACGUUAGGCUCACCUGAUGGCUUUUGGUGGGCAGUGGUAUCACUUACAACAGUAGGGUAA